CGGUGCGCCACAACUGGCAGCGCAAGCUCAAGGUUUGCGUCCGAAGUGGCCUCCGCCGCGCUGCCCCCACGCCUAUGCUGCCCAGGCUCGCCCGGCCUCUCUUCCUCUCCUUCCACCACCACCAACACCGACCCGUCGCCACAUCCAUCGCUCGCAUGGACGACGCACCUGCUGACUACGAGACACCUGCGCCGACUGGCGGUCGCGGACGCGGCCGUGGAAGAGGCUUUCGAGGCCGGGGACGGGGCAGGCGUGGAAGAGGCCGCGGCCGCGGGGCUGCCGCUGGGGCUGGGGAAGGCGAUGCUCUGUACGAAGAGCUCGAGACGACCGCGACGAUCGUCGAGAUACCUCUUGAGGAGGAGGUAGAGGUCGACGCCGUAGAAGAGAGCCAGGGCGACGGUGGACGCGGUGGACGCGGACGCGGGCGUGGACGGGGCUGGCGGCGCGGAAGGAGGCCCGGAAGAGGAAGGGGCAGGGGCGCCGCACCGGCGGAAGCACGUAUCGAUGCUGAGGCAGGAGAAGGCGAGCAGGCGGAAGGAGCGAGCGAGGCUCGCGCUCCUCGUCCUUGGAGGGAGCGGCCUCCGAGGCAGCCAAGGCUGCAACUGACCCACUUCAUCUCUCUUCCCAUCGGUCAUCACGCAGAACUGCAAAAGACCAUCUCGUCGCUCACAGACGGACUGCUUGCCGCGGACCCUGCCAUAGCCGGUCUCGACCCGACCAUCGUCGUACCCGCCCGCAGGCUCCAUCUCACCCUCGGCGUCAUGUCUCUCAAGAAGGAGGUAAGCGCGGAGCAAUCGGAGGCCGCUCCGGCUUCGGAUGGCGCAGAGCAGAGCCCAGCGGUAGACAAGCCCACGCUCGCGAGCGCGAUCGCACAUCUGGAAAGCCUGAAGCCCCAGAUCAUGCAGUUGCUUGAAGGGAAGAAGCUCCAGGUCGAGCUGAGUAGGAUUGACAUCAUGAGGUUCAGGGCGAAUAUCAAGCGCGCCAACGUGAUGUGGGUUGGACCACCCGAGGAGGGUGAACUGGCCGAGAGGUUGAGGGUAGUGGCAGUGUUCGUCAAUGAAUCGUUCAUGGAAGCCGGAUUCCUGGCCGAGGAACGUGAAUUAAAGCUCCAUUGCACUGUCCUGAAUUCAAUCUAUCGCAAGCCGCGCCACCAGUACAAGGGCCGCAUACCUUUCUCCUUCGCCUCCAUCCUUAAAUCCGACGCCUUCCGCACCAUCGCGCUGGAGCCUGACACGCUUGCAGUCCUCGUCGACGAGCCCGGAGGCGGCGGCUCUACUGAGCUCGUCAGCACAGAGGUCGACGCCGCCGAGCCCAGCGUAGCGAAUGGCGACGGCGGGGGGAAAGGCAAGGGUAAGGCGCAAGGCGGAGGUGGGCGGAAGUGGGAGCCGGUGCCCGUCAGCCUGGGCGUGUGGGACGUGGACGAGAUACAGAUCUGUGAGAUGGGCAGCCAUGGGCCGGAGGGCGAGUACCUGGCUGUCGGGAAGAUCGUGCUGGACUGACGGGCGUGUUCGCUGAACCGAGGCGAGGGCUUUGACUGAAAAUCGCGCAGGCGUGCAUAUGGAGGGGACGUGCGCGCGCGCUGCUGGGUCUUGAUGCAGAUGGCUACGGAAUGGCAUGUGAGUGAGCGAGACAAAAUGUACAGUACGUGUUGUAUCAUGGUAUGAAUUGAUCGGGCGAUCGUUCGGGAUCGAGGCUCACUCACUAGAA